ACUGAGUGGGAAAGAGGGUGAAGGGGUCAGUGGGGACGGGGCCGCGGGCUGCCCCGUGUAGCUUUUAACCCUGAUGUGGCCGAGACAACCACCUUAUUUGUGCUAACAAGAAGUGUUUUGUUCCUUAUGACUGUGAUUAACAUUAGUAUCGGUGUUGAUAACAAAGCUGAAAUCACAUAUUUAGGAUUUAGGUCUGAUUAAAAAGAUGCUGGAGUGGAUGUUCCAACUGGAGCAGGAGAAAAGAGAAUGAAAAGCGCCUGGAGAGGGGGAGACAUCCAGUCUCCUCGCUUGCUUGUGGAUGUCAUGUUCUCUCUUCUUGGGGGUGGCCAAACACCGACUGGUGUCGGGGUGCCGAGGUGGCCCCCGCACGCCCCGUGUGUGCGUCCACGGGCAUCUGUGCACACCGGACACCGCGCCGGGGCGAGCUGACAUGAGUUUGCGGCUGCGAUAGAACAUGGAGAUGUCAUGGGCGCGACAGAGCCUGGCGGGGAUACCAGCAGCGUGUGUGUGUGGACGGCAACGUUGUCUGUGCGCGCGUGUGAUGAGUUCCACCCGUUCAUCGAGGCGCUGCUGCCUCACGUCCGCGCCUUCUCCUACACCUGGUUUAACCUGCAGGCUCGGAAGCGCAAGUACUUCAAGAAGCACGAGAAGCGGAUGUCGAAGGACGAGGAGCGGGCGGUGAAGGACGAGCUGCUGGGCGAGAAGCCCGAGAUCAAGCAGAAGUGGGCAUCCCGGCUGCUGGCCAAGCUGCGCAAGGACAUCCGGCCCGAGUUCCGUGAGGACUUCGUGCUGACCAUCACGGGCAAGAAGGCCCCCUGCUGCGUGCUCUCCAACCCCGACCAGAAGGGCAAGAUCCGGCGGAUUGACUGCCUGCGCCAGGCCGACAAGGUGUGGCGGCUGGACCUGGUCAUGGUGAUUUUGUUUAAGGGGAUCCCCCUGGAAAGUACUGACGGGGAGCGGCUCUACAAGUCGCCCCAGUGCUCGAACCCCGGCCUGUGCGUGCAGCCUCAUCACAUUGGAGUCACAAUCAAAGAACUGGAUCUUUAUCUGGCUUACUUUGUCCACACUCCGGAAUCCGGACAAUCAGAUAGUUCAAACCAGCAAGGAGAUGCGGACAUCAAACCACUGCCCAACGGGCACUUAAGUUUCCAGGACUGUUUUGUGACUUCUGGGGUCUGGAACGUGACGGAGCUGGUGAGAGUAUCACAGACUCCUGUUGCAACAGCAUCAGGGCCCAACUUCUCGCUGGCGGACCUGGAGAGCCCCAGCUACUACAACAUAAACCAGGUGACCCUGGGGCGGCGGUCCAUCACCUCCCCUCCUUCCACCAGCACCACCAAGCGUCCCAAGUCUAUCGAUGACAGCGAGAUGGAGAGCCCUGUCGACGACGUCUUCUAUCCCGGGACAGGCCGCUCCCCAGCAGCUGGCAGCAGCCAGUCCAGUGGGUGGCCCAACGAUGUGGAUGCAGGCCCGGCUUCUCUAAAGAAGUCAGGAAAGCUGGACUUCUGCAGUGCCCUCUCCUCUCAGGGCAGCUCCCCGCGCAUGGCUUUCACUCACCACCCGCUGCCUGUGCUUGCUGGAGUCAGACCAGGGAGCCCCCGGGCCACGGCGUCAGCGCUGCAUUUCCCCUCCACGUCCAUCAUCCAGCAGUCGAGCCCCUACUUCACCCACCCGACCAUCCGCUACCACCACCACCACGGGCAGGACUCGCUGAAGGAGUUUGUGCAGUUCGUGUGCUCGGAUGGCUCGGGCCAGGCCACCGGACAGCCCAACGGUAGCGGCCAGGGCAAAGUCCCGGGGUCAUUUUUGCUACCGCCGCCGCCUCCAGUGGCCAGACCUGUGCCCCUUCCUAUGCCUGAUUCCAAAUCCACCAGCACUGCCCCAGACGGCGCCGCCUUGACUCCUCCAUCACCUUCAUUCGCAACGACAGGCGCCUCCUCUGCCAACCGGUUUGUCAGCAUCGGACCCCGGGACGGCAACUUUCUGAACAUCCCACAGCAGUCUCAGUCCUGGUUCCUCUGAUAAGAUCAACAAAAGAAAUGACAAAUUGAAAAGAAGAGGUUCCUCAAACGGGGGGAGAAGAAAUUUUGAGACGUGGAAAAAUCCCCCAGCCCAGCCCAGCCCAGCCCAGCCCCACCGAAAAGCAAAAAUUAGAUGUCGUCAGCCACUCAGCCCUUCUCUCCUCCAGCCCGGGGAGCCCUGCAGGCCCCCAGAAGCAACCCAGCUCUCGGAGAGCCCUCAGAAAGAGGCCUGGGUGGAGCUGUGCACCAGCAGCCAAGCAGAAAGAAACACGCAAACAGACUCUGUCAAGUUGAGGACAGAAAGAAAGAAGGAGGCGGCAGACCUGCCUUCCUCCCCAUCCCCUCCCAGCCUUCUGGGGAAGGAACGGAAUCCCCAAACCAAGCAGCCAGCACGUUCCGAAGGGGCCUGUCCCCCACCCUCACCCUUCCUAGGGGAGCCCCCCCCCUCAGCCAGGGCCGGAGCUUCACUGGGGAGCUCGGAGGAGCAGCUCGUAUGGGUGAUGGGGUGCAGAUCCAGAUCCAGAGGGUUCUCCCCUCCAGACUCCACCCCUCGCUCCCUCUCUGCCUGGCCUCUGGUUUCUUCCUCAGCUGCUCUGGACUGGCAGGCAGGGUGGCCUCCACGUGCCCCCGCCCCACCCUCGGGCUAGAAGUCCCCUGGGUGGGCAGGGGCAUCCCCUGGAGCUAGUUUUGUGCUCCCGGAAAGGAGGGUGUCCCGCCAUGCCACCCUGAGCCACAGGGGCAGUUCCCGGGGCCCCAGACCCCUCUGUACAGUCCAUAGGAAUAAGUCGAAUGCUCCCAAUGGCCCGUCCCAGCCUGGGACAGACCCCUCUUCCCUCUCUCCACUGGCAGGCCGGGAAGGUCGCCCUCCUGCCACGCCAUGAGCGCGGGAGAGGCGGGCCCCAGGCCCCCUCGUACCCCACUCCCGCAUGCAGGUGCCCUCGCUCUGCCCCAUCGGGCGUGCCCCUGCCCCUCACGCAGACAGCCCUGCUGUGGCCGGGCCGGAGAGUGGAGCAGAAAGGGGAGCCCGGAGCCAAGCGAGGAGGAUGAGGCAGCUGCUGCUGCCGUCAGCUCAGCUGCCACCUGCGCUAGGUAGGCGUCCUGCUCACCCACUUUCAGUUCCUUUGGAGGGUGUUGGGGGUCUUCCUUUUUCAAAAGUGUUUCGGAGCUUUCUCUGUCCCCCGCCCCCACUUUCCCCACCACCCUGCCCGCCUGCCGGGGCCACUUCUCUCUGGAUUUCAGCUGUCAAGUCUUUACUCUUUAUUUAGGGGUGGGGCAUUCAUUGUUUGGGUCUCUUGCUGUUGCAGUUGAGAACUCCUUCAUUUGAGCAACUUGGGAACAAUUUGGCAACGCACCACAGGAAGUAGCUCCCCCCCACACACAGCAGACCCCUCCUCCCCUAAGGGAGGGUUGGGGGCCUGUCCAGAGGGUCUUCAGAAGCCCCUGGGAGGGAGGGGAGCAGGAGCACGCCCGGCCCCUCCAGGGUGUGACUUGGCCCCUCUGGCUUGUCUUUCUGUGCCUUACUCCCUCCUCCCUGCAUCUCCAUCCUUGGCCCCCUUCUCCAGUCCUUGUGCCUCUCUCUUUCUCUGUCUCUCUCUCCGUCUCUCUCUUAACUGUAUGAAAACACAAAGCACAGGUCAGGAUCCUCUGAAAGUCAGUCAACCCAACAUUGCACCGUAGGGGUGGGUUCUGGGCUUUAUUUAUUGUGAAUCUGGUUUGUGAGGCUGUGGCCCCAACAGGCCUGGGGGGAGGAGGGAAGGAGGGGCAGGAGCAGGCUGGGAGGGGACGAGGGCCCUUACCUGGGACAGCAGGGGCCAGUGAGUGGCGCCUCCUCCCCAGCUGGAAGCCACAAGGUGGCUGGCCCCAGGGGUGGCUUUUGUUGGAAGGUGAGUGGAGCCCCUCCCCCAUCCGCGUGCCACCCUCGGGGAGGACCGGGACUGAGAAGCAGGGGACAGGGGAUCCCGGGGGAGCCUGGGGGGGGGGACGUGGGGAGUAGGGCGGGGGCGGGGGGGGGGGGCCGGGCGUGACGCGCGGUCAAAGUGCAAUGAUUUUUCAGUUUGGUUGGCUAAACAGGGUCAGAGCUGAGAAGGGGGCGGAAGGGACCCCCUGCCGGCCGCACGCGCCUCUUCCCUCUAAGACAAUCGGGCCGCGGGCGCUGCGGGGCGCCCGCCCGGGCGAGGUCGGAAGCUGCAGGCCAGCUGGGCCGGGGCGGGGGCGCGCCGGCGGGCUGCCGGGCGGCGGGGGCGGGGGCCCUCCUUCCCCAGGGGUCGUUGUGAGGGGCAGGCGAGGGGCGACGAGGGCGACAGGAGAUGUGGGGACUUGUUAGAAGAGAAAAAAAAAACCCACAAAAAAUAUAUAUGGGGGAAAUGAACUUUUUUUUUUCAUUGAACCAAGUGCAAUGCAUCAGAGAGUUUUCCUAUCUUUGUAUGUUAAGAGAUUGUUAAGAAAAAAAUUCUAUUUUUGUUGUAAUGUCCUCGCGGCUCUGGGGACGCUAAAAGAACCGGGCCUGCCCCGCCCUGCGCGGGGAUAACGAAAGCUGAGUGUUUUUUCCUUUUUUUUUUUUUGUUCGUUUUCUUUUUUUUUUUUUAAGUCGUUUUCCUGCGUUGACGAGGAUGAUCUGGGGUUUUUAUUUGUUUCGUCGUUCGUUCUCGGUUUCGGUGGGAGGGCUGAAGGAAACGUUCACAUUUUAGAGUUAAAAAAAACACCUCGACGUUUAAAAGAAAAAACCAACACUAGAUCAAAAAGGAAAAGGACGAGAGAAAAUUAUUUUUAAGAUAAUUCAACAUAAAAACCCUGGUGCUUCUUACAUUAUAAAGUACGUUUUAAAAAACCCACAAACUAUUAUACAUAAGUUUAUGAAUCAGUUAAAUACCCUGCACUUGUUAGGAACACGCAUAUCCCUUCUUUGUUGAGCUUAACGGAACGGGACCGCGGCGUGCGCCCGGCGGCUGGGCUGCUCUGGCCGCGGGUCUCCCCGGGCGCCCCCUCCCCGGGGCCCAGCGCCCCCUCCUCGCCCAUCCCCGUCCGGGCACGGGGGCGCGGCGGGGGGUCCCCAGCCCCUCCCCCGCAGAGGUCAAUGCCAACGAACAAACGUCCCCUCCCGCCCUCCCCCUCCGCCCCGAGCGCCCUUCUUUGAGCCAGACGCCAACUUGACCCUCACCAGCAUUAUCAGGAGCGCGCUCGGCAAGUUGGUAGUUUCCUCCCCCGCUUCCCCCGGCGCCCCGACUCGACAUCACUCCCCCCUCACCCCACCCCACCCGACUCCACUCCACCCCACCCCACCCCCGUCACCCUCCGGGGAGCACGGGGCAGGCUCGACGCUCCAGGACAGGACCAGCCAAGCUGCCAGGUCGAUGCGCCCAGGCCCGCGCCCGCACGCACGCACGCACACGGCCCCGCACACAGCCCCCCGCCCCCGCGACUGCCUUACACACCCGCCCCCGCGCUGGCCGGCCGACCUAGUGCCUUGUUCUCACCCCCGUGCUGGCGGAGCGGACGCCGCGCUCUGGGUCCCAGAGGGGCCGGGUGGCUCAGACGACCCACCACUUCCCCACCCCGACCGUGCUGAACGGACCCCCCCACACGAGAGAAAAUAAAGGAGCAAUAAAGUUAC